AUGACAACAUGUGCUGUGGAGAAAUGUCUCGAUUAUGGUAAACUAAAAAAUGAUCUCUCUGCAACAGCUCGCGAGGAUUUCUUUGAAUCGGUGGUUCUCAAAUUCGACAUGUUAUGCAUCGCUGUCAAAUGCACAAGGCAGUGCAAGGCUUGCAAAGUUUGCCACUACGCGCUUCAACAAAUCCAAUCGCUUGUAAAAGGAAGAGAUUCGGAAAAAUCGAUGUGCCCUCGUCUUGAGGGAUGUGUUGAGAAUUGUGUGAGAAGCGAACCGGGAAAAGCAGUACAAUGUGUCGCCGCUCGUUGCAAUAUUCAUUGUUAUGAUGGAGAUUGUCCAUCGUGUAGACAACUUUCGAAGAGAAUGUUCUCAAGGGUGUGCAAGGAUCUUUCCCUCACCCGUUUCCCUCAAGUCUCAUAUCAAGGUGAAUGUCCGGAUCUCUUUCAAACAAUGGCUGAUGAUUUUGUGAUGAAAAAGAAGAAACGGGUU